UUGAGUUCUUAUUGCUGUUGCUAGCCGUGGUGUUUUUCGUAUUUGGCCGGUAAUUUAUCAUGUCUGCUAAAUUAAAUGCUCUGUUAAGUGACUCCUACAUUGAUAUAAGUCAAUACAGAGAUCAACAUUUCAGGGGUAAUCGACAUGAUCAAGAACAUUUACUUAAACAAAGCUGUAGUCUUUAUGUUGGGAACCUUUCAUUCUACACAACAGAGGAACAAGUGUACGAGCUUUUCUCCAAAAGUGGUGACGUGAAAAGGAUCGUCAUUGGGCUCGACAAGGUUAAGAAGACAGCGUGUGGGUUUUGUUUCGUCGAAUACUACACACGAACAGGUGCUGAGCAUGCAAUGAGAUUCAUCAACGGAACAAGACUGGAUGAUCGGAUCAUUAGAACAGACUGGGAUGCUGGUUUUAAAGAGGGCAGACAAUAUGGACGUGGCAAAUCAGGUGGUCAGGUCCGAGAUGAAUAUAGACAAGAUUAUGACCCUGCAAGAGGCGGAUAUGGCAAAUUAGCUCAGCUACAGAGGGGUCCUGAGGCACCGCACAAAUUCUAAAGCUAGCAGUAACAAAUAGGAACAUCUGAAAAUUAAGUAGAUUUUUGAAGUUGAUGUACAUAUGAGCCGCAGCACAUUUGAAAAUUGCCUACAAAAAAGAAACGCACACUUCGAACAGUUUGUUUCUUUUUUUUUUUAAUAAACUAAGUUUUUUUUUUUUUAAAA